GUGCGGCAUUUAUUUACGUACAUUGGCCACGAUUUGAGCUGAUUUUCGACCCAUUGCUCAUCAUAUGCGGUAAUAUGCAAUCGAUCGGUAUGUUUUUCACCCUUGGAAUGAAAAUUAAGAAAAUUAAGGCUUUGCAUCUCAAGCUUCAAGAGAUAGUUGACAACGAAGAUCCAGAUGAUGAAUCGUACACAAUCUAUUCGGAAGCUGAGCAAAAGUGCCGAAAGUAUACGCAAAUUAUUUGGUAUUACUUCAUACUUCACGAAUUGCUGUGGCCAUUCGCUUUUCUCUAUCCCUUUUACUGCAUUUACAAGGGACAGCAUGACACUUCAAAAUGGUUUCUACCAUUUUCCCUUUGGGUUCCGUUUAGUACAGAGUCUAUUUUUGGAUGGUAUCUAAUGUGGUUUAUUCAAUUUAACAUGUCUAUUGUGUACAUUACCGUCAUACUAUCGGCAACAGCGUACUUUGUUUCAUGCGCCGUGUACAUUAUUGCUAUUUGUGAUCAUUUUGAGCUGCAAUUCAAGUCGCUGAAGGAAGAUGAGAACAAGAACCGAAACCAAAGUUCUCGACAGCAUCAAAUAAAAAUCAAGAAAGCCAUCGACAUUCACGUUAACGUGUAUGAAGUUUUUCGUAUUUUAGCCGAAAUAAAUAGUGGAGUAAUAUUCUCAUUGCUUCCCGGCAGUGCGCUUUUUCUAGCUUUGACCAUGUUCAAUACAGAAAAUUCGAAUAUCGAUGCCUUGCUAAUUGUUUGGUGCACAGUAUGCAUAACUGGUAGCCUCCUUUGGCCAUUUCUUUUCUGCAAAUUUGCGACGAUCGCAACCAACAAAAUUCAUAAUAUUGGUCUACUUACUCACUCUGAUUGGUUCACAUAUCCAUUGGAUCUUCAGAAAAGUAUGAUUUUGAUCAUUGCUCGAUCACAAGAGCCAAUACAUUUCAGCGGACUCAAUCUAUUUUACUGCAACGUUGAAGUGUUUGGAAAGAUUAUCAAGACAUCCUGCUCAUACUAUUUGAUUUUUCGAAGUGUGACCGAACAUUAAUUCUGGAGCAAGUGGAUCAUCAAGUUUUGAACAUUUUCUUUAAAUAAUUGUUUUUAAGCGUAAAAAUACUUAACGUAUUGAAUCUUAGGCCCGAUUAUAAUGCUCCGGAUAUAAAAUUUAAAAGUUGGUUUUUUCUCUAUCUAGCUAUGUAAUUAUGAUGGAUUUUUUAAUUUUAAGUAAAAAGACAACUCUCCUAUUCACUUUGAACUUGACAACUGAUAUUGAGCUCAAACACCACCUAGAUAAUCUAAGGCUAGUGACAAUACAAUCAAGUAAACUCUCCGUUCUG